UAUAUCAUGAUUAUGUAUUAACAACAAUAUAAUUUGGUUAUACCUUUUGUACUAAAACAUAUGUCACUGUUUCAUUAUGGGACAGUCCGCAGAUUUUGCAUUAUCUGUGGAAUGUCUCAUAACCACAAAAACUCUAAAUUUCUAAAUAUCUACAUAUUCAAGUGUUUAUACUAAAUAGAACCAUUUCACACAGGCACAAUAAUGGAGGGCUCAGAUGUCUUAUUUUAUACCUUUGCAUAAAAGCUUGUUUCCACACUUUCAGUCCUAUUUGCUCACACUCUACAUUCAACUGGCCAGAUGAACAGACGUCCCGAUGAUGCGCUCUGGGGCUGUGAGGAAUCGGUUCGAAAGGUUCUGUGACGCUCUCUGUCCGCUUAUUCUGAUCGGCAUUUGGGAGAGGCUGCUGCGCUUCAGAAAUGUCGGCUGGGCUGCCAUUGUGUCUGGACUUGUGUCGCUGCUGCAUCCCGCUUCAAUGCUAAAAUCCACACCUGGAAAUCCAGGCCACCUGGCUCCCAGAUCUGAAGGGGUCGGAGUGGAAGGGGGGGGAUCAAGUGCUCUCUUUCUCCGUCUCGUUCCCCUCUGGGUUAUUUUCCCGGCUUUUGGCUACAACCUGCUGGCCCGUGGAAGGCUGUUUGUCUGUUUUAUGCAUCUUGGAAUCUGCGCGGUCCGCUUUAAAUCAUGUCCUCUCGCCGAAAGGCCACCUGAAUGUUCUCAGCUCUCUUUUUUUUGCGCCUUUUCACGUCACAAUGUUGUGUCCUUGAUGUUGGUGUUGUAAUAUUCAAUGGUAUUUAUCGUUUGUGGAGACGUUGCCCAGGUUCAUUUCCUCCUAGCUCAAAUUAUUGUCCUCUUCGGGAGAAACAGACUCCCUGCAAUCCAUUAAUGCACAUUAAUUAAAGGGAUUACAGCAGCAACACUAUCCCGAUGCCAAAAUGACCCUAUUGAAAAAGGCCAGACUACAGUGUGGUGGACACUGUGAGUUUUGUUCUUGUCUGAAUCUCAUUUCAAACUCGGAAAAAAUAUGAACAGCAGAUUUGAGAAAUUAGAAACCAUUAAAAAGUUUAUUCGGGACCCUGGCAAUCCCAGUUGGACCUGUUCACACUUGAGAGAGACGUUUGCAUUUAUUUGCAGCUUUCACCAUGAAAGGAAACCACAUUGUAUGUACUUUUCUUUUGUAUAAUGACUCUUUAAUGAACGUCAGAGGAACAAAAGGAUUUUAUAGAAUUAGAUACAAAAUAGAAACAUGAUGCAGGUGUCUUUUUGGUGACGAGAGCAAUGCAGUGUAGUGUGAAAAAUGUCCAUCAUAAUGCCUCUUUAAGGUUCAUAUAGCAAUCUGUCCAGUUUAUACUGGGUUAAAAUCCUGCAAUUAAUGUCAGGUCAUCAUGGUAUUUCCUUGCAAAAUGAACUGGGCUGAAUUACAAAUGAACAGGUGCAAGAAAAUAUUCCACCGCUUUAAGCCAGCCACGCAUGGCCUCAGUAUUACUGCAUUUAGAAGAGCUGGAUGCCUCAUGCCUUUGUUUGUAUGUAUACGUCACCUCCUUCUAACCAGCUGUUGUGAAAGUUCACCCAUCUCAGCAAGAGUCUGCUAUGUGGACACCCAAUUAUCACGACAAACUUUGCCAAAUGCUGCGCUGCCAAGCUGUUUGUUCCCAGAUUUACGGCGGAAGAGCUGAUGAACAUUUCUGCCCAGAAGGUCAUCUCAGAGGACAAGGGGCAGUGUUACCGCAUCCUGACCUCCGGCGCCUGCACCCUGCCCAUUCUGAGGAACAUCACCAAGCAGAUAUGCUGCUGCAGCAGAGUGGGCAAGGCCUGGGGCAAGCACUGUGAGAAGUGCCCAUAUUUUGGCUCAGAGGGUUUUAAGGAAAUCUGCCCAGCAGGGCCUGGCUACCACUACUCGGCCUCCGCAAUCAAGUUCAACCAGAGGGUGAUGGAGCAGCUUGGUUCAGGGGGAGCCACCCUUACCUCCCAUCGAAAGCCUGACCAGCUAUCCAUCACCGGCACACUAACCCCCCAGAGCAGACCCCAACAACCAGCAAGCACAGGUACACUAACCCCCCAACAGCCAACAAGGACAGGUGCUGUAACCUCCCAGAGCAGACCCCAACAACCAGCAAGCACAGGUACACUAACCCCUCAGAGUAGACCCCAACAACCAGCAAGCACAGGUACACUAACCCCCCAGAGCAGACCCCAACAACCAGGGAGCACAGGUACUCUAACCCCCCAACAGCCGACAAGGACAGGUGCUGUAACCUCCCAGAGCAGACCCCAACAGCCAGCAAGCACAGGUACACUAACCUCCCAGAGCAGACCCCAACAACCAGCAAGCACAAGUACACUAACCCCCCAACAGCCAACAAGGACAGGUGCUGUAACUUCCCAGAGCAGACCCCAACAGACAUCCAUAACAGGAACUCUAACCCCCCAGAGCAGACCCCAACAGCCAACAAGCACAGGUACACUAACCUCUCAGAGCAGACCCCAACAACCAUCCAUUACAGGAAUUCUAACCCCUCAGAGCAGACCCCAACAACCAACAAGCACAGGUAAACUAACCUCCCAGAGCAGACCCCAACAACCAUCCAUUACAGGAACUCUAACCCCUCAGGGCAGACCCCAACAGCCAUCCAUUACAGGCACUCUAACCCCUCAGAAUAGACCCCUACAACCAACAAACACUGGUAAACUAACCUCCCAGAGCAGACCCCAACAACCAUCCAUUACAGGAACUCUAACCACUCAGAGCAGACCCCAACAACCAGCAAGCACAGGCACACUAACCUCCCCAAGUAGAACCCAACAGCCAGGUGGCACUAGUACCCUCACCCACCAGAGAAGGCCUGAGGUGCCCAGCAGUGCCCCUGCCAGCUCAGCCACUGCCCGACCGACCCGAGUGCUGACCCCUCAACUUCCACAGCAAGUCACCAGCCAACAAGCUGACAGACAGCCAGUCUCUCCAGUGAGACCUGCUCCUCUCCCCGUACCAGCCACACCUCGCCCACCUCCAUCAAGGCCAGAGCCGCGGGCAUGUGAGACCAGUCCUUGUGGGUCAGGCCACUGUGUGGACCUCCCAGGAGGGAGGUACACCUGUGUUUGCAACCCAGGAUACCAGCUCAACACCCAGCAGACGCGAUGCCAAGACGUGGAUGAGUGCAGGCGGACCCCUCCGCCCUGCGGCAACGGGCAGUGCCAGAAUACAGAGGGGGGCUACAGAUGCACCUGCCCCACGGGGUACCGGCCGGGACCCCAGGGCGCCAGCUGCAUAGAUGUGAACGAGUGCCUCCAGACCCCCAGGCCAUGCUCCGCGGGCCAGUGUGAGAACACUCUGGGAAGCUACCGAUGUGUGUGUCCCUCCGGCUUCACGGCGAGCCCUCAGCAAAACCAGUGUCUUGAUCUUGACGAGUGUCGCCAGACCCCUAGCCCCUGUGCCAAUGGGCGCUGUGAGAACACCCUGGGCAGCUACAGGUGUGUGUGCCCCACUGGAUUCAAACUACAGGGCAACACCUGCACCGAUAUCAAUGAGUGUGAGGACCCCUCCCGGUGCCCUGGUCAGGAGUGUGUGAACUCUCAGGGUUCAUACAGGUGUGUGGCGUGUAGGCCGGGCUUCACUCUGCUGAAUGGAAAAUGUUCAGAUAUUGAUGAAUGCCAACAGACUCCCAGCCCCUGUGCCAGCGGACGCUGUGAGAACACCCUGGGCAGCUACAGGUGUGUGUGUCUCGCUGGUUACAAACUCCAGGGCAACACCUGCACAGACAUUGACGAGUGCCGUCAGACCCCCAGCCCCUGUACCAGUGGGCGCUGUGAGAACACCCCUGGCAGCUACAGAUGUGUGUGCCCCACUGGAUUCAAACUACAGGGCAACACCUGCACUGACAUUAAUGAGUGUGAGGAUCCCUUGCAGUGCCCUGGUCAGGAAUGUGUGAACUCACAAGGUUCAUACAGGUGUGUUACCUGUAGGCCAGGUUACAGGCUGCUGAAUGGACAAUGCUCAGACGUUGACGAAUGUCGUCAGACCCCCAGCCCCUGUGCCAACGGGCGUUGUGAGAACACCCUGGGCAGCUACAGGUGUGUGUGCCCCACUGGAUUCAAACUACAGGGAAACACCUGCACCGACAUCAAUGAGUGUGAGGACCCCGCCCGGUGCCCUGGUCAGGAGUGUGUGAACUCCCAGGGUUCAUACAGGUGUGUGGCGUGUAGGCCGGGCUUCGCACUGCUGAAUGGAAAAUGCUCAGACGUGGAUGAGUGCCACCAGACCCCCAGCCCCUGUGCCAAUGGGCGCUGUGAGAACACCCCUGGCAGCUACAGGUGUGUGUGUCUCACUGGGUACAAACUCCAGGGCAACACCUGCACAGACACUGAUGAGUGCCGCCAGACCCCCAGCCCCUGUGCCAACGGGCACUGUGAGAACACCCCUGGCAGCUACAGGUGUGUGUGUCUCACUGGGUACAAACUCCAGGACAACACGUGCACCGACAUUGACGAGUGUAGGCAGACCCUCAGCCUCUGUGGCAGCGGGCGCUGUGAGAACACCCCUGGCAGCUACAGGUGUGUGUGCCCCACAGGAUACAAACUACAGGGCAACACGUGCACUGACAUCAAUGAGUGUGAGGACCCCACCCGGUGCCCUGGUCAGGAGUGUGUGAACUCCCAGGGUUCAUACAGGUGUGUGGCGUGUAGGCCGGGCUUCACUCUGCUGAAUGGAAAAUGCUCAGACAUUGAUGAGUGUCAUCAGACCCCCAGCCCCUGUGCCAAUGGGCGCUGUGAGAACUCUCUUGGCAGCUACAGGUGUGUGUGCCUCACUGGGUACAAACUCCAGGGCAACACCUGCACAGAUCUUGACGAGUGUCGCCAGACCCCCAGCCCCUGUACCAAUGGGCGCUGUGAGAACACCCCUGGCAGCUACAGAUGUGUGUGCCCCACUGGAUUCAAACUCCAGGGCAACACCUGCACCGACAUUGACGAGUGUAGGCAGACCCUCAGCCUCUGUGGCAGCGGGCGCUGUGAGAACACCCCUGGCAGCUACAGGUGUGUGUGCCCCACCGGAUACAAACUACAGGGCAACACGUGCGCCGAUGUCGAUGAGUGUCGUCAGACCCCCAUCCCCUGUACCAACGGGCGCUGUGAGAACACCCCUGGCAGUUUCAGGUGUGUUUGCUCCACUGGGUACAAACUCCAGGGCAACACCUGCACCGACAUCAAUGAGUGCGAGAAUGCUCUGCAGUGCCCUGGCCAGGAGUGCGUGAACUCAGAAGGUUCCUUCAGCUGCGUCGCCUGUAAACCAGGAUAUGGGCUCCAAAAUGGAAAAUGCCAAGAUAUUGAUGAGUGUAGGCAGAUCCCCAGACCCUGUGCCAAUGGGCGCUGUGAAAACACCCCCGGCAGCUACGGUUGUGUGUGCCUCUCUGGGUAUAAGCUCCAGGACAAUGCUUGCACCGACAUCAACGAGUGUGAAGACCCCCAGCAGUGCCCUGGCCAGGAGUGUGUGAACUCUGAAGGCUCCUUCAUCUGUGUCCCCUGCAGACGUGGCUACAGCAUGCAGAACAGAAAAUGCACAGAUGUGGACGAGUGCCAGAACCCGCAGAUCUGUGGCUCCGAUAGCCGCUGCGUCAACACGGAUGGCUCCUACCGCUGUGACUGCAAGCCUGGCUUCAGGGCGUCCGGCCCCGGGCGGCAGUGCAGAGAUAUCAACGAGUGCCAGGAGGGAGAGUACUGCUUCCCUCGGGGCGAGUGUGUGAACUUGGAAGGGUCCUACCGGUGUGUGUGCUCUGAGGGCUACCAGACCAGCGCCAAUGGCACGCUCUGUUUGGACGUGGACGAGUGCACCAGGCCAGGUGUGUGCCAGGAUGGGCGCUGCGGCAACACCGAGGGCUCCUUCCAGUGCCAGUGCCACACGGGAUUCACCGCCACCCCGGAGAAAACAGCCUGCCUGGACGUGGACGAGUGUGCUGAUUCUCAGGGUACUGUGUGUGGGUCCCAGCGCUGUGAGAACUCCAUCGGCUCCUACCGCUGCUUCACCACCUGCGAGCCCGGCUACAGGGUCACGCCGACCGGAGAGUGUGUCGACAUUAACGAGUGCGCCAACGAGACGGUCUGCGGGGAGCACGCCUUCUGCCAGAACCUGAUCGGGACGUACCACUGCAUGUGCGACCAGGGGUACGAGACCACACCCGACGGCAAGGGAUGCGUGGAUGAGAAUGAGUGUGAGAGCAUGCAGUGGGUGUGCGGGGCGGCGCGCUGUGAAAACGUGGAGGGCUCCUUCCUGUGCGAAUGUCCCGGCGAGGGCGAGGAGCUGGACAUGGCCACAGGACAGUGCGUCAGCAGGCCCCGGCCAGGUCGCCCUGCGCUCCCCGGCGGCGCCUCCUCCCCCACCACUAACCUGGGGGCGGAGACACGGCCGGGCUCCUCGCCUGCCUCCCUGCCUCUGCCUCAACCCGGCGAGACACGGGAGUGCUACUACAACACACGUGCCCAGGGCUCCUGCAACCGGCUCGCCCGCAAUACCACCCACCAGGAGUGCUGUUGCACCAUCGGGGAGGGCUGGGGCCUGGGCUGUCGCUUCUCCCCCUGCCCCGCCGCCAGGUCAGCGGAGUACCAGGCACUUUGUCCAAGCGGAAGAGGAUACGUGACAAUGGGACUGGGUGCUUUCAGUUACAAAGAUGUGGACGAGUGCAAGGUGUUCCACCCCGAGGUCUGCAAGAGCGGCGUGUGCGUCAACAACAUCCCUGGCUAUUCCUGCUACUGCCCCAGUGGCUUCUACUACGACACCGUCCUGCUGGAGUGCAUAGAUAAUAAUGAGUGCGAAGGAGAGGAGAUCUGCAACGGCGGGACCUGCGUCAACACGGUGGGCUCGUACUACUGUUCCUGUGAGCCUCCGCUGGUCCUGGACGACACCCAGCGGAGCUGCGUCAACUCCAGCAGCCUCACCAUCGAUGAGAACCUGUCUUUCUGCUGGCAGCAUGUGACUGCAGACCUGGUGUGCCAGAGCCCCCUGCUGGACGGACAGGUGACGUUCACCGAGUGCUGCUGCCUGUAUGGGGAGGCCUGGGGGCUGGAGUGUGCACUGUGUCCUGCCCGAGACUCAGAUGAUUAUGAGACGAUUUGUAAUGUCCUACGACCGCCGGCCUUCUCCCCGCCUUUCACGGGACGAUACAGCCCCGGGACAGGCCCUGGCCGCGGACGAGGGUUCGGCCUGCCUUACGGACCCGAGCCCUAUCCCGAUUCCCUUCCCCGAGGACCUGACUACUUCCGGCCAGGUUAUGACGACUACUCACCUCCAGGGGGCAGGAGACCCGGAUAUGGUGGCAGGCCUCUGGGCCCAUACGGAGUUCCAGAGACCCCCUACAAUGCAGGUCCUGGCCGUUAUUACGAAGAGGAGUUUGACCCCCGUUUUGUGCCGGCUGAGCCCGAGAUCGGCCCCCCUUUCCGGCUGGCAGAUCCCCUCACCGAGCCUGCGUACGGGGCUCACCCUCGCCCGCCAAGCCGGGGGGAUCCCAGGAGCCUGAGCCUGGCGCCCCUCCCCGAAAACUCCCCCUUUGACGAGGACGAGGAGAGCGGGCCCUCGGAGCCCUGGAGGUCCUUCCUGCCCCGGGAGGCACCCCCCUUUCCAGACUUCCCAGAGAGGAGGCCUGGGGGCGGAGUCAGGCGGGAGACCUUCGAGAGGAGGUACGACUCGUACGAGGGCCUCAGCGCGGAGGAGUGCGGCAUCCUGCGCGGCUGCGAGAACGGCAGAUGCAUCCGCGUCGCCGAGGGCUACACCUGCGACUGCUACGACGGCUACCAGCUGGACAUGACCUCCAUGGCCUGCAUAGACAUUAACGAGUGCGACGAGGCAGAUGACCUCGCCGCGCUGUGUGUCAACGGCCAGUGCGUCAACACUGACGGCUCCUACCGCUGCGUGUGCCUGCGUGGCUUUGUCAUGUCCCGACGGCCCAACCACUGCAUUCCCACCCGCUCCUGAGCCCCCCCACCCCACCAGCCAGCCAGGAGCCCGCUAUCUGCGACAGCGCCCUCAUCUGGUGGCUCAAGGUUCUGUCAGGUUCCCCCUGUCUCACCUGGAGACGGUCCAUCAGUGUGUUUAACCUGCGGGUAGAGGGGGGGUAGGGGUGGGUUUGCCUUUUAACAACGGAAAUGUCACAUCACGGGCUGUGCUAUGUUUUGUCUCAGAACAUUCAGAAGCCAUAUCAUGCAUUUUUACAGUUGUAGAUUGGUUUUGUAUGGCAGUAUAUCACUGAUUUUAGUGUAAAGGACAGGAAAUCAAUACUUUCAUUUUCACACUCAUUUACAGGCUUUGUGUGUGUGUGUGUGUGUGUGUGUGAGUGUGUGUGUAUGUAAGAACACUCAUACACAUGAUGGAACAGUAAAACCAUUUAAUGAAAGGGACAAGCUUUUCUCUUUUACCAGUAAACAUAACCAGUUAGAACACCGUGAUACUUUCUGUUAAGAAGCAGUAUUUGGGAAAGUCUUAGGGGGAACAGAGUGGCUCAUUCUGUGAUUGCUCAUGUGGGUUCAAUCACUUGUUCAUGCUAAAAAGGCAGAAGAAGAAGGAAAAAUGUACAUGGCUUCAGAACUUUCCAACAUAUAAGCAUUGUUUUUACAGUGGCUUCACCCAUUGGAAAAGUUGGGGCUUUGAGGGUCAGCAUGCACUUCAGUACUAAGAUAAGGAGCUGCCUCUAAUGGUUUGACCAGAGAAGGCAUUUCUUUUGACAAUUAGCAUGCUUUGGGGAUGCUUUGAACCUUUGUUCUCGUUUUCCCGGGCGUUCUGACAAACACAAGAUGGUUCUGCGGAAGUAACGAACCAAAUUUGUAGUAGUCAAAAAAUGUUAUUGUAGGUGAAAUGUAGGAUGUAACACCUUGUGUGGAUAUUACAAGCAAUGAUGGUAACACCAACAUAGAUUUCAGUUUUUUAUGUGCUUUCCAUAUUAAUUUAUGCAGUAUGUCUUACGUUAAGCUGUGUUUCAGUGUCAUAGAGUUUCAGAGAGCAUCAUGUGAUCUAGGAAAAGGGCACAUCUCCCACAUAUCAAAAUCUUUGGAACUUUUCUAAGGUUGGAAUAAGUCAGUUUUAUGAAAAAUGGAAUGAUAGAAUGGGUAACUGAAUUUGGGCAUUAACUUUUCAUGAAUCCAUGUCUUCUCUCUUGGAGAGGGGAAAUGGUGGAAUGUUCUAAACAUCUAGUCUGAAUGAAAUAAUUUUGAACAAAACUACAUUUGACACAAAUGUUUACAUUAUGUUCACACUUUAUAUUAUUCAAAUUAGAUGGCUAAAAUAUGAAUAAAGCCAGUCACAUGCUGUAGAAUUUGACAAAAAAGGUUGACAAUAAGUUAUCACAUAAUCUUCAGUUUAAAGAAACUGUUUUCUUUUUGCCUUGUUUGUUCAGUAGCUGAAACAUUUUUC